AUUCAGAGACCAUGGUCAUGAACCCACCAGAGGUCCCUAAACAAAAAGAAAAACAAGGUUUCUUUAGAGCCAUAAAGAAGAAAAAGAAGAAGUCACAGCCGACGGACGGCAACGCAGGAAGGAACCCGAGCAUCAAGAAAAGCCUUUUCCCCCUCUUUAACUCAAAGAAUAGCUUAAAGCAUAACUCUUCUGUCAAAGUGCUCCCUGUUGUCCCGCAGCCCAUGGUUCCUAGUGAGGCCCAGCAAGACCAGCUAGUGAUACAAAGACCAGUCAAAUCCUCGUCUCAUCACAGCAGUCGACACCGCAACCGAGAUCGUGACCGGGAACGUGACCUGGAAAGGGACCGGGAGCGUGACCGCGAUCGAAACCGCGAGAGGGAUCGUGACCGGGACAACACUUGGCCGCCUGAAAAGCAGACAGAUGUGCAGCCUCAGAACCAGCCUCUGAAGUCCCUGCGGAAGCUCCUACACCUCUCUUCUCCUGCUACGUCCAAUCAGCCCCCACCUCCCGAUCGCUCGGCAGAACUGCGCUUCCAGCCCCUCCCUAACCCCCCUUCCAAAGGAAACCUGAACGAGGCCAGAGGGCUCCCACCGGGCAGCGUCACCCCCAAUACCAAGAGCCGCAAACCCCACAACUACCCUCUGCCAGGGCAGAUCGAGUCCAGCUGGCAUGUUUCCGCACUGAAUCGGGCCGAGGGCGUGCCGUACCCAGACCAAAUGGCAAACAAAGGUGGGCAGAACGGUAUCGGCUUUACCAGAGCCGCCCGCGCAAGAAUGCCGAACCUCAACGAUUUGAAAGAAACGGCUCUUUAGAGGAGGAAGGCCCACUAGUGGCCUCUAAUGUACUCGGUUUCUCCUUUUCCUUCCUGGCUACCUAUGGAAUGCUAUUGUUCAUACAGUGGUACACAAUGCCACUUCUGGCCAGAAGGUGGCAAUAGUUAUGUCUCAGAUUUGUUUUUUAAAGCAUCCACAUUUGAUAGAAUUUGUAUUCUUGUUCAUUACACCUGGGUUCAGUUUUCUGUUGAAUAUAUCUUAUUGACGAUGAUAUGAAUCUAUGUAUUUGUAUAUGGAAACUUAGGGAUGGGGGACAACAAAAAAAUCUGUGGAAUUGUAAGAGCUUUAGUUUAUACACAAGAGAAUGUAUAAAUAUUUAAUGUGUAAUAAUUCUAUAUUUCAUGGAGAUUAUUUAAUGAAUUAUUGGUGUGUUAAUAGUUACAAUGUACAGAGUGCAUUUUAUGGUUGUAACAAAAGUACUUUAUUGUUUCUGAAUUAUUUUCCUCUUUACCGAACAUUGUUUUCUGAUAUGAAUUCUCAGUGCAGACUAUAGGUCAAUAUUCCACACUGUCUCAUACCGCAGGUUAUUAAAUCAGUCGAUUAUUGAAUCAUCACUAUUUAAAACAUACGACAGCAUAUCAGCAACUACUGAUGCUUCCUAACCAGGUUCUGUGUUACUUUUCAUGCGAGACCAUUAAAUCCACGUCCCAUGAUGGCUAUUUGUCUCACUUUACCCAUAGCCCGUGUCUUACAGUGUUUCUCCACUUCCCAUGAGCUUGGCAUUCAAAACCUCACACAUUGGGAUCAGAGAGUGCUGGUUUUUAGCAGGAGAUCAUUAGAGCCCAGAUCCCCGAAGAGCUGGAUUUCCUGUGAAUAAUGAAUUUCAACUGAGGCCCCCGGGGCCUCACCGUGUCUCCCUCUGCGAUCUAAACCCCACCAGCUGGUGAAUAAGUGUGACUUUGCCUGUGGCACAAGCGAUGGCUUACAAGGUUGUGUGAGUUAAGUCUGUAUCUCCAUCCCGACGUGACUUUUGCACGUGCGCAUGAUUCUUUUAACAAACCGAAUAACUGGCGGGUU